GGCAACCCCCCCUUCACAGUUGCAGUACGCCCCCUUACCGGUAGGCGUCUACGCGGAAGUGCCGAAUCCGCUCAGUGUAGUCAGUGCCCUCCAAACUGAGAACGGAUCGGACCGACGCGUCUCUCUCCCCCCUCCAGCACCGGCAGAGAGCGGCUUCGCAAAGCAAGGUGAAUCAUGAGCAGCAACUACAGUGUCACUCUGGCUGGUUCGGCUCCGUGGGGCUUCAGGCUACAAGGAGGGAAGGACUUCGGUCUUCCCCUCACUAUUUCACGGCUGACGGAUGGAGGGAAGGCAGCCAAAGCCAAGUUGAGCAUCGGAGACGUCAUCCUCGCCAUAAAUGGCAUCUCCGCUGAAAACAUGAGCCACCUCGAAGCCCAGAACAAGAUUAAAGCCUGCACGGGCAAUCUCAGCCUAAAUCUACAGAGAGCCUCAAGUGCUGCCAAUAGUGGGUCUAAGAUGCCGGUUGAACCUCAAGAAAUCAUUAAGCCCGUCCCAAUCACCCACACAGCUCCGACCGCCACAUACACAAACCUGUCAAGUCAGGCCGCUCCCGCGUACAACAAGACACCCCGGCCAUUUGGGGGCGACAGAGGCUCGCCGGCUCUUUCCUCCGCCCCAAAAGUGGCCUUCAUCCCCUCGGAAUCGUCGGCUUUCACGCCAGCUCAGCCUCUCGCUCAACCGCCGCACCCCCCUUUCCCAAUUAAAUCCACCCUCACCACCCCAGACUCGUUCCCGACUCCCCAAGCUAGUCCCGCUCGCUCCACUAUCAGCUCCCCGUCCUCCCUCUCGUCCAAUUCAUCUUCUCCAGCCAGAGUGACGGCCCCUUCGUCCCACCCCUCUGUGCCGCAGCCGUCCGUCUAUAACUCCCCCAUCAAUCUGUACUCCAACAACAACGCCUGCGAAGUGGCCAUGGGGCAAAGGCGAGGCCUCCUGGAGAGCCAGGGGCUGUCCGACCAGUUCAAUGGGAAAGAGUCCGACACGUAUCACGCCUCGGCACUUAGUGAAGCCAGCAAGAAGCGACUAAUUGAGGACACGGAAGACUGGCACCCGAGGGCCGGAACCAGCCAGUCCCGCUCCUUCCGGAUCCUGGCCCAGCUCACCGGCACUGAAAAUGAGGAAGCGCCGGAGAACAACGGGAAGAAUGAUACCGUGGAUGAAACCUCUCCCAGUAUGCACACCUUGCCUGCAGCCAAAACAUAUUCCAAAGUUACGCCUCCUCGGAACGGCAACGUUAUGGUGGCUCCCUCUGCGUUCAAGAGCCCCGCGGCCCAAAACAAGCCUGGGGGCCCAUCAGGCUUCUCCAAAGUCGCCGUAGCCCCUUCGUUUGGCAAGGUGACCAACCCCCCUCCCAAAGGCCCGGACCGGCCUAUCCCGCAGCCGCACCCCCAGGACCUGAACUCAGUGGUGCAGAGAGCCGAGCACAUUCCAGCCGGAACGCGCACCCCCAUGUGCAACAAGUGCAACAAUGUUAUCAGGGGCCCCUUCCUCGUAGCCAUGGGCAUGUCCUGGCACCCCGAGGAGUUUAACUGCGCUCACUGCCGCUCCUCACUGGCAGACCGCGGAUUUGUGGAGGAGAAGGGCCAGGUGUACUGUGAGCACUGCUACGAGCAGUUCUUUGCUCCCACUUGUGCCCUGUGCCAGCAGAAGAUCCUGGGGGAGAUCAUGAACGCCUUGAAGCAAACCUGGCACGUGUCCUGUUUUGUCUGUUCAGCUUGCCAGCAGCCAAUUCGGGGCAACAUGUUCCACAUGGAGGAUGGGCAGCCAUACUGUGAAAUGGACUACUACAAACUGUUUGGCACAAACUGCCACGGCUGUGACUUCCCCAUCGAGGCAGGGGACAAGUUCUUGGAGGCUUUAGGAUUCACCUGGCAUGACACCUGCUUUGUGUGCGCGGUGUGCACUGCCAAUCUGGAAGGUCAAGCUUUCUUCUCCAAGAAGGACAAGCCUUUGUGCAAGAAACAUGCCCACACAGUCAACAUCUGACCCUGCCCCUGCAGAAUUUUCUAACAAUAGCUGAAUUGAUAAUGACAGUCAAAUGCUCCAUAUUUAAAAAUGACUUUACGUGUAUGUGUAUACUCGUUAAAUAAUAACGGGUCCAUUGUUUUUCCCUUUCUGCUUUAUUACGAUUUAUAGAUGCUUUUCAGGAGUCUGCUAGCCUUCUCUUAUGGUUCUUGGUUCAAUUUUAAGAUUUUGGUUUCCCACUGAGCAGGAUAUGAUGCAGUCUUUGGGGUCCC